AUGAGCGGAUACACAAACUCAUCGGCUGAUUCAAGGCAAUUAAACCUGUCAACAUCUCAAGCUGCCGUUGAUGGUGAAAAUGAAGCCUUGUUAGCUCGUGCUCACAUCGGAAGGAACACCGAGCCAGGCCCUACUCAAAGAAACAAUAAUUACGAUAACCACGCCACCGACAUGGAUGCUGAUGAGAUUCGUCGCGUUCAGCUCUCUUCUGACGCCAACGCGGAAAACAACAAUACUACCUAG